UCAUUACUUUACAACGUCACGCGUACUUACAGUUAACAACAGUGGACUACCCCCUUGCUCCUUUAUACCCCAUUGAUUUAACCAUCAACCACUUAUGCCUUGCAUCUUUAACAUGCUAUCCAAAAUUAUGCUCAAGUGUCAAAUCAUCAUGCAGCGUGACUAUCGAUCAUUGUGUUUGAUCCUAUGAUAAUAAUUAUAGCUUUGAUAUAACCGGUAGUCACCCUUGGUCAUGACUGUUUUUAUUUAAUGACAGCUAAUAGCGAUUAAUGACAUGAUCGACAGUCGGUGAUGAUUUCUACACAGGGUUUGCACUGUUUACCAGGUAUGAUACUAUACUGAAACACUUGCAUGAAAUUACUCCAGUAUACUUUUCUCUUUCUUUACUCCUUUUCCCACUUUUCUCCUCGAUCAUCCUGCUACAGGACUUACUCAAAGCGUUCAAGACUAUAGCUGGGAUUCGAGGGAGCAAGAACUGAAGCGGCAGUGAAUAUUAUGAAAGCGAAUGAGAAAAGAGAGAAAUUCGUCUAUUUCAAAGAUAUGAUUUAGGCUAUUCUUAGUUUACGUCUAUCGUUGAUAUGUCUGUACAAUUGACUAAUCGUCCACUAAUUAAACUCCUAUGGCUAUACGAUUCCAUAGUUGUCGUGAAUGAACAUUUUUAUAUAUUUAGAUUCGAUAGCUACUGCAGUAUGUAAAUGUCGAUGACAAGUAUCGUAAUAAGACGAUAAAUAUUGUUCAUUAGUACUUCAAAUUCUCAAAAGCUCCGACUGGCUCUCUUAGGUUUAGGCCGAUAACUCAUUAGUCUCUUUAUCGAAAUUGGUCACAACAAUUUGUCUAACAUCGUACGCUCAAAAAGACUCAAAAUCUACCAAGGCUCGUGUAAAAAGGACAACAUCUCGUACGCACAACAAUAGCCACACGUAGCAAGGAUACUGAACUAGAAAAUAUUUCUGAUGACAAUAAAAAUAUUAAUUAGUCAUAAUCAGAUCUUCAAUGGUAAAUACAUUAGGUGUAUAAUAUAUAUAUAAAAGAAUGUCUAAUACGAUCCAGGCACACUAAGCUAUUGGGCGAUGCAAAAGUAGCAGUCCUUUUGUUUUUAAUUUUAGAAAUAUGUGUAUAUAUAUAUAUACACACAUAUACAGCAUGCUUCUAAAACUGAGAUAUUAUAUUAAAUCUAAAUGACUGACGUCGUCGCAUGUCUUGCUAUAAAGCUUGCUGGACCAAUAAGUAUGUAUAAUAAUUUUGUAAAGAUUGAAAUUUCAGAUGCAAAAAAUGAUUUACGUAAUAAAUUGCGAAAGCAAGCAUUACACUGGACAAUAACCGAGUAGUAUUGAAAACUAGAGAAAAGCAGUAGCAUAAUUGGCUGCAUUCGGCAACGAAUAAGGAAGUGAACGAUACUCGUGUAUCAGCCAUAUUUAUGCCUGUUACGUAUCAUGAGUUGAAUGCACGUAUGACACACGUUUGAGUGGCGCUUUAAUGCGUACUAGGUGUAUUUAUGCGUGUACGUUGAUUAGGUCCAAUAAUGCCUGGGACGUACAGCGCACAAAGUUCUGAUGAUGCAAGUAAGGUCAGACUAUCGGUCAUGAGCGUGUGAUUAAUUUAAAGGAACAAGAAAGUGACGUAGAAAACUAACCUCGUUUUAUCGUUAGAUUCGGGAGAGCACAGUAAUGGAAAGAAGAGAAACAGAGCAGUGAUCCUUUCAAAGGAUAACAUGGAGACCAAUUCGAGUAAAAUUCAUUUGGCCGUCAUCGCUGGGAUUUUUGCAACAACCGGGAGUCUCCUCGGUAAGCUUGCCGGGAACGUUGACGGCACGUCUCUGUUGUUUCUUCUACUAAAACUUCUACUCCUGGUGCUUAUGGUAACGAGUAACACGGCAGGCUGCACCUUCUUCGUAAAGUCUCUUCAAGGAAACGGGUCUUCCUUACCGGCUACAGUCGCAAGUGCAGCCACCAACUACUUUUGCUCCGCACUUCUUGGUUUCCUGAUUUUUGGCGAGUCCACGUCCUUGACGUGGUGGUGCGGCACGACCUUCGUACUUCUCGGCUUGCUGCUCAUCUGCUACUCUCCUCCGGACGACCACGAAGAGUCCGCCAAGAGCACCAAGCAGAAACACCAAUAAUUCACCGGUGGCAAUUUUUACAUACCCGCUGCAAAAGGCCGCAAUCUUCUGCCAGGAUGAGUCAUUCGAUGGGCGACGAAGAAUCUCCAGGAUAGAACAGUCGGUACAUCAGCCAGUUUGCCUUGAAGUUUACUGGAAGUUUAAUUAAGAAAAGUGUUAGCGUAUUGUUAUCAUAUAUUUUCACUCCUUUCGACAAUUUUAUUCAGAGCACUUUUAAUUAGUUCAUUAAAAAAAAUAGGAGCGAUAUAGAAAUCUUAUUCAUUCUAAUCCAAAGUGAUGCACUUUAUUAGUAUUUCAACUGGUAUUAUGAAGGUGCAAUAUUUUAGCUUCUUUGUCGGUUAGAGUUAGGACUAUAGAAUUGUCAUUUUUUUUAAAUCUUAUAAAAAACUAACGGUCCUAGGAAAAUUAUACAAUUGCUUUUCCAUUUUACAUAAAUCUUCGAUGUUUACUCCUUUACUUUCUUGGCAGUAAAUGCCAUCAUCGACGGAUUUGCAUAGCUCAUUAUGCACAUACACCUUCGCGUCAGCACAUGCAUAUGCAAGUGUCUCCUUACUCACGUGCUACAAGGGAGUAACGACAUUAGACUCUCUGCAUAGGACUGAGACAGGUAGAUUCUUACUAGCAGCGAUAAAUAGUUUGAAAAUAAUUAAAAAGAAUUAAUUAAAUUCUCAUUGCGUCUGUCAUACAUUAAAUAAAAUACCAAUGAAAGUAAUUAUAUGUACUAUUGACAAUCUUUGUAAAUGAAUAAUCAGUAAUAAUAACGCAGGAGCAUUAUUCGCACUAUAAUGUCAAGGUUCUCAGCGGCAAAAUGGAUGACACUAUUUUUAGGGAUUACACAGAUUCGCUGAACACCGGCCACUCCCGUAUCGCAUUCACAAGGCAUUUUUAUACGUUCCUCCGGAAUGCUCGACCUUGAAACAUUGAUUAUACAAUUUUGAGAAUGCUAAUACAAUAAUUUAUAAUUACAAAUGAGUAUAUCUUACUUCAGUUAUUUAUUGACUAUCGUAUUUUAUGGCUAUGCGUAAAAUUUUGUAACUCUUUUAGCAUUUUUAAAUUAUAAAAAAUAAAAACCUUAAACCGU